AUGCCCCCCACCGGCCCCUUCAAGCUAGUCACAGUCAACACGGCGCCAGACCGCGCCCGCCGGCUGAUCGGCCGGGUGGUGGCCGACGUCAAGGAGCAGUACACCAUCACCCACGCCGCCAACGCCGCUAGCAUAGAUGAAGUGCGCAAGACGGUCGAGGAAGCCCAGCCGGAUGUUCUGUUCACCGCAUCCAUGUGGACGCCUGAGGAGGCACGCCAAAUCAUCGCUAUCGCUAAAGAGAUCGUGCCCAAUCUCAAAACCUUCUCGCUGCCGCAGGGGCUGCAGGUGGACAAGGGGCCGGAUGCCGUGGUCGAAUAUAUCAAGGAGAAUUUGCCUUCGUUGCUGGGAUAG